UUUCUCUUCAUUUUGUUUGUAAAUUCUCUUUAGAAACUGAGAGAACAAGAAUAACAACAACAACUUCUUCUUCUUGUUUCUCUAUUUUUAAUUUUAGUUGUUUGUUGGAGGUUUAGAAGGCAUUGGAGAUUUUGGAGAGGAGGAGGAGGAGGAGGAAUGGAGUUUGGAGAUACAAUUAGAGCUGGGAGCAUGAGGCUCAAUAGCUCCUCCAUUUGGAGGAGAGGAGAUGAUAUCUUCUCCAGAUCAUCGAGGGAUGACGAUGAUGAAGAAGCUCUCAAGUGGGCGGCUCUUGAGAAGCUCCCAACCUAUGAUAGAGUUCGCAGGGGUAUACUCACUUCCGCUGCUGGAGAACGUAAGGAGGUGGAUGUUAACAACCUUGGCAUUCAAGAACGAACUCAUUUGCUUGAUAGAUUGGUUCGUGUCGCAGAGGAGGAUAAUGAAAAGUUCUUGUUGAAGCUCAAGGAUCGGAUUGAUAGAGUGGGGCUUGAUUUGCCAACAAUUGAAGUGCGCUAUGAGCACCUCAGCAUUGAUGCAGAAGCUUAUGUGGGAAACAGAGGAUUGCCAUCGGCCAUCAAUUUCGCGCUCAACGCAGUGGAGGCACUUCUCAAUUUCCUCCAUGUAUUGCCAAACAAGAAAAGGUCGAUCAACAUCCUUAAUGAUGUUAGUGGAAUUAUCAAACCUCGUAGAAUGACAUUGCUCCUGGGUCCUCCAGGCUCAGGAAAAACCACAUUGUUGUUGGCUCUGGCUGGAAAGCUAGACUCUGAACUCAAGGUAACUGGAAAGGUGACUUAUAAUGGCCAUGGAAUGCAUGAGUUUGUGGCUCAGAGGACAGCAGCAUAUAUCGGCCAACAUGAUCUUCAUAUAGGAGAGAUGACAGUGAGGGAAACCUUAGCAUUCUCUGCGAGAUGUCAAGGAGUAGGCACUCGUUAUGAUAUGCUAACAGAGCUAUCAAGAAGGGAGAAGGAAGCGAAUAUCAAGCCAGACCCUGAUCUUGAUGUUUUCAUGAAGGCAGCUGCUAUGGAAGGACAAGAAACAAGUGUCAUCACGGAUUAUACACUCAAGCUUUUGGGGUUAGAUAUAUGUGCUGAUACCAUGGUAGGAGAUGAGAUGCUGAGGGGUAUAUCUGGAGGCCAAAAGAAGCGUGUCACGACAGGUGAGAUGGUUGUUGGACCAGCACGAGCACUUUUCAUGGAUGAGAUUUCCACUGGUUUAGAUAGUUCAACAACAUACCAGAUUGUGAAUUCUAUCCGACAGUCCAUUCACAUUCUUGGUGGAACAGCAGUCAUCUCCUUGCUCCAGCCUGCACCUGAGACGUAUGAUCUGUUUGAUGAUAUAAUUCUUCUCUCAGAUGGGCUGAUUGUUUACCAAGGACCCCGAGAGAAUGUGCUUGAGUUCUUUGAAUCUAUGGGGUUCAAAUGCCCUGUGAGGAAAGGCGUGGCAGACUUCUUGCAAGAAGUGACAUCAAGGAAAGACCAGCAGCAAUACUGGUCAAGGCAUAAUGAACCUUAUCGGUAUGUGCCUGUAAAAGAAUUUUCAGAAGCCUUUCUCUCGUUUCAUGUUGGCAAGAAACUAGAAAGAGAACUUGCUGAACCAUUUGACAAGAGUAAGAGCCACCCGGCUGCUUUGACAACAUCAAAAUAUGGAGUUGGCAAGAUGGAACUUUUGAAGGCCUGCACCGAUAGAGAACUGCUUCUGAUGAAACGUAACUCAUUCGUCUAUGCCUUCCGGGCUUUUCAACUCUUGCUCAUGGGAAUCAUCACAAUGACAUUGUUCUUCCGAACAAACAUGCACCGUGACUCAACAACUGAUGGAGGGAUAUAUUUGGGGGCACUGUUCUUCUCAAUUGUGAUGCUCAUGUUCAAUGGUUUUUCAGAACUUGGUCUAACCAUUAUGAAGCUCCCUGUGUUCUUCAAACAAAGAGACUACCUCUUCUAUCCUGCAUGGGCUUAUGCUUUGCCAUCAUGGAUACUGAAAAUUCCAAUUUCUUUUGUGGAAGUUGGUGUGUGGGUCUUCAUUAAUUACUAUGUCAUCGGAUUUGAUCCAAGCGCAGCAAGGCUGUUCAAGCAAUAUCUGCUGCUUCUAGUCCUCAAUCAGAUGGCUUCAGGCUUGUUCCGUUUUGUUUCAGUUGUAGGCAGAGACCUGGUUGUUGCAAAUACAUUAUCAGCCUUCACUUUGCUUAUCAUGAUAAUAUUGGGUGGAUUCAUCCUCAAGCAUGAUAAUAUCAAGAAGUGGUGGAUUUGGGGUUACUGGGUAUCACCACUGAUGUAUGCCCAGAAUGCAAUUUCCACAAAUGAAUUCCUUGGACACAGUUGGAGCAAAGUCCUUAAUGGAUCAUCAAAGGCACUGGGAGUGGAAGUCCUAGAAUCUCGUGGAAUGUUUACUGAGGCAAAAUGGUACUGGAUUGGUUUCGCUGCAUUGCUUGGCUAUGUGGUGUUAUUCAAUGCUUUUUUUACCAUGGCUCUCGACUUUCUCAAACCUCUCGGGAAAAACCAACAGUCUAUAUCAGAGGAGACACUGAAAGAGAAACACUUAAAUUUAACUGGUGAGAUGAUUGAACUAUCAUCCAGAGGAAGGCGCUCUGGAAACACCUCUGCAUCUGGAAGUAUAGUUAAUAACUCAACAAGGCAAACCUCGUCCCCCACAGACAUUGAUUCCAAUGCAAACAAGAAAGGAAUGGUCCUUCCAUUCACACCACAAUCAAUAACAUUUGAUGAAAUAAGAUACUCUGUUGACAUGCCAGAGGAAAUGAAAGCAGAAGGCAUUGUGGAAGACAAAUUGGAGCUCUUGAAGGGUGUAAGCGGAUCUUUCAGGCCAGGGGUGCUCACUGCUUUGAUGGGUGUCAGUGGAGCUGGCAAGACAACUCUGAUGGAUGUGUUGGCUGGCAGAAAAACCGGUGGAUACAUUGAAGGAAACAUUACUGUAUCAGGCUAUCCAAAGAAGCAAGAAACGUUCGCUCGCAUAUCAGGAUACUGUGAACAGAACGAUAUUCACUCUCCCUAUGUCACAGUUUAUGAGUCUCUUGUAUACUCUGCAUGGCUUAGGCUUCCCGCUGAAGUUGAUUCUAAAACCGGAAAGAUGUUCAUUGACGAGGUCAUGGAGCUAGUGGAGCUAACACCACUGAAGGAAGCCUUGGUUGGAUUACCUGGCGUAAAUGGGCUAUCAACAGAGCAGCGCAAAAGGUUGACCAUCGCGGUUGAGCUUGUUGCUAAUCCCUCAAUUAUAUUCAUGGAUGAACCUACUUCUGGACUUGAUGCAAGAGCUGCAGCAAUUGUUAUGAGAACCGUGAGGAACACUGUCGACACUGGAAGAACUGUUGUAUGUACUAUUCACCAGCCUAGCAUUGACAUAUUUGAAGCUUUUGAUGAGCUUUUCCUAAUGAAGAGAGGAGGACAAGAGAUUUAUGUAGGUCCGCUUGGGCGCCAUUCUUGUCAUCUAAUUGAGUAUUUUGAGGGUAUUGAAGGGGUGAGCAAGAUAAAAGACGGUUAUAAUCCAGCUACAUGGAUGUUGGAAGUAACCACACAAGCACAGGAGGAGAUACUAGGUGUCAAUUUUACUGAUGUUUACAAGAACUCAGAAUUAUUUCAGAGGAACAAAGCUUUGAUUAAAGAGCUGAGCAUACCUCCUCCGGGCUCAAGUGAUCUCCAUUUCCCAACCAAGUACUCACAGCCCUUCAUAAUGCAGUGCCUUGCAUGUCUGUGGAAACAACGCUUGUCAUAUUGGAGGAAUCCUGCAUACACUGCAGUCAGAUUUUUCUUCACAUUGAUCAUAGCUUUGGUAUUUGGAACCGUCUUUUGGGACAUGGGCAAAAAAACGGGGAAGCAACAGGAUCUAAUAAAUGCAAUGGGUUCCAUGUAUGCUUCCGUCUUGUUUCUAGGAGUCGCUAAUUCUGCAUCCGUGCAGCCAGUUGUCUCAGUUGAACGCACAGUCUUCUACAGAGAAAAAGCUGCUGGGAUGUACUCGGCACUACCAUAUGCAUUCGGACAGGUUGCAAUUGAGUUUCCCUACGUCUUCGUCCAAGCAUCCGUAUAUGGAAUUCUAGUAUAUGCAAUGAUAGGAUUCGAAUGGACUGCUGCCAAGUUCUUUUGGUAUCUGUUCUUCAUGUAUUUCACAUUGCUGUACUUUACAUUCUACGGCAUGAUGGCAGUGGGCUUGACACCAAACUACAACGUAGCCUCCAUUGUUUCCUCUGCAUUCUAUGGAAUUUGGAACCUCUUCUCUGGCUUCAUCAUCCCAAGACCUAGGAUGCCAGUUUGGUGGAGAUGGUACUUCUGGGCAUGCCCAGUUUCCUGGACUUUAUAUGGACUGGUUGCUUCACAAUUUGGAGAUCUUACUACCACCUUUGAAAAUAGCGAUAUCAGAGUGAACCAGUUCCUAAAGAGCUACUUUGGGUUCCGACACGACUUCUUGGGUGUGGUAGCUGUGAUGGUUGUUGUAUUUACCUUGCUCUUUGCUGUCCUGUUUUCCUUGGCCAUCAGAACGCUCAACUUCCAAAGGAGAUGA